AUGUGCAAGAAAGCGUCCUGCGACUCCUGCCACAAGGCCACCUGGUGGGGCUGCGGCAAACACGUCGCCAGCGUCAUGCAAAACGUGCCAACGGAGCAAUGGUGUACAUGUGCACCGCGGGUGGAACAAGAGGGCCGAGCAUACCCUCCAAGGGGCAGUCUUGCAUCAGCAUGA